GGCAGUGGCAGAAUUCACGGAAGUGUAGUUUCAGGGUGGUCGCAGAGGGGUCACGAGAAAAUCAGCCCACAGGAGCUUAUGUUUCCAGGAGUUGGAUACUCAAGGGAAGUAGGAGAUGGUUCCAGGACCUCGAUAUCGUCAUUUCUGGGAGAAAUGAUGGAGACGUGACCUUGACCAGAGACUGAGAUAUGUAGCCAGAAAUAUAGGAUGUAUCCAGAAGAGACUAACGAUUCAGCAUCCUAGCUACUGGCCAUUUCCUGAUAACACAAGAAAAUGAUCAAGGACCAGGAAUUGCUGACGUUGGAGGAUGUGGCUGUGCAGUUCACCUGGGAGGAGUGGCAGCUGCUGGGCCCUGCUCAGAAAGACCUGUACCGGGAUGUGAUGUUGGAGAACUAUAGCAACCUGCUGUCACUGGGGUAUCAAGCCAGCAAACCAGAUGCCUUCUCCAGGUUGGAACAAGGAGAACCAUGGACAACAGAAGAAAUCCACAGUCAAGCAUGUCCAGAAAUCAAGAAAGUUGUCGAUCAUCAACAGGGGCACUCACCAAACCAAAAAUGUCUGAGGAGAAUGGAACAGUGCCCUGAAUAUAAUGCAUUUAGAAAUGUUCAUCGGAGCAAAAAGAAUUUUUCUUCACAACAAAAUCAUGAUAUAUUCAACUUUUAUGGGAAAGUGCUGAAAUCAAAUUUAAGUUUAGUUGACCAGUACAGAAGCUAUGAAUUAAAGAACCAUGCUGAGGUUAAUGGAGAUGGGGAAUCUUUUCUCCAUGCCAUGCAUGAACAAUUUCAUACUAAAAUUAAAUUCCCUGAACAUGGAAAACCUGUGCACACAAAGUCCCAAUUCAUUAAGCAUCAAAAACCUCUCAAAAUAGAUAAGCCCCACGUAUGCAUUCAGUGUGGGAAAGCCUUCACCAAGAAGUCUCGCCUGAUUGAUCAUCAGAGAGUUCACACAGGAGAGAAACCUCAUGGAUGCAGUAUAUGUGGGAAAGCAUUCUCCAGAAAGUCUAGGCUUACUGAACAUCAGAAAACUCAUGUAGGAGAGAAACGUUAUGAAUGCACUGAAUGUCACAAAGUCUUCCCCAAGAAAUCACGGUUAAUUAUUCAUCAGAAAAUUCAUACAGGAGAGAAACCCUAUGUAUGUGAUGAAUGUGGAAAAGGCUUCGUCAAGAAGUCUCGGCUCACUAAUCAUCAGAGAGUUCACACUGGAGAGAAGCCUCAUGGGUGCAGUAUAUGUGAGAAAGCAUUCUCAAGAAAGUCCAGGCUCAUUGAACAUCAGAGAACUCAUACAGGAGAGAAACCUUAUGAAUGCACUGAGUGUGACAAAGCAUUCCGCUGGAAAUCACAGCUCAAUGCACAUCAGAAAACUCAUACAGGAGAGAAAUCCUAUAUAUGUAAUGAUUGUGGAAAAGGCUUCAUCCAGAAGGGCAAUCUCAUUGUACAUCAGCGAACACAUACUGGAGAGAAACCUUACAUAUGCGAUGAAUGUGGAAAAGGCUUCAUCCAGAAGGGUAAUCUCCUUAUACAUCAACGAACUCAUACUGGAGAGAAACCUUAUGUAUGCAAUGAAUGUGGGAAAGCCUUCAGCCAGAAGACAUGCCUCAUAUCCCAUCAGAGAUUUCACACAGGAAAAGCCCCCUUUGUAUGUACUGAAUGUGGAAAAUCCUGUUCACAUAAAUCGGGUCUUAUUAAUCAUCAGAGAAUUCACACAGGGGAGAAACCCUAUAUAUGCAGUGACUGUGGGAAAGCUUUUAGAGAUAAGUCAUGUCUCAAUAGACAUCGGAGAACUCAUACAGGAGAGAGACCCUAUGGAUGCUCUGACUGUGGGAAAGCUUUCUCCCACUUGUCAUGUCUUGUUUAUCAUAAGGGAAUGUUGCAUGCAAGAGAAACAAGUGGGUUCAGCCAAGUUGGAAACUCCGUUCUCAAAGAGUCACAGCUCAUCACAUACAAGUGAUUUCACACAGGAGAAAAUCUCUGUUAAUACAGCAACUGUGCAAAUGCCUUCUGUGGAUAUUCAGGCUUCAUUAAACAUCAGGGGGCUUCUAGUAGGCAGGAACAUAGCUGUUAAACAACAGCCUGCU